AUGGCGGUUCGACGGUCCGCCCGCCUGCGUAAUCGCCAGGCUUCGAAUGAACCGCAGCCGCCCGCGUCACCUGUCAACAACACCACCGCCAUCACCACUGAAACCAACCACAAUAACAACAAACUCCCCUCCGUCAUGGAACGCGACGAAACUCCCGCCGACGUUCCCUCCAACCACACCACCACCACCACCACCACUACUACUCCAAAGUCCACAACCGAUGUCCGCACCCCACACAAGGCUACUCCUGCUCCAAAGCAAACCCCGGCGAAAACACCCACCAGUGCAGUCACUCGUCCAUCUCACCAAGAAAUGCAUCCCAGCAAGGUCCAUCAAAGCACCACCAAGCAGGCGGAUUCGGGCCUGAUCCUCGGUUUCAACCCGAUUAAGAAGGAUGCCGAAGGGAAUGUGAUGAAAGAUUCUCUAGUCGAGACUACCCCAAGCAAGACAAAGGCGUCACCCGCUUCGACAUACUACGGCACACCCGCCUUCGAGUUCAAGUUUUCUUCCGCGGACUCCCAGCUAAGCGACGAAGCCAAGAAGCUCAUGGAGAGCGUGCGCGAGGAUGUUGCUAGAAUCAAAGCUCAGAUGGUUCAGGAGAAGGAUAGUCAGCCCGACCAGGGUGGCAACGACCAGUCAGGGAUUCGCAGGAUCGCCGAACCAAAGGGCCAGGCCAGCCGAUUCAGCGCUGCUCAUAUGGCCGAAUUCAAGAAGAUGGAUUCAAUUGCUGGACACGCGUCUGCCUUCCGCGCCACUCCCGGUCGCUUCCAGCCUGUCCAAAAGACCCUCAAGCGGCUCAACCCCGGGGCACGACUGGGUGAGUCCAACCAAAAUUCACCCACGAAAUCGACGAAUAAAUUGCCUGCGCCUGCGCCUGCUCCAGUUGCCAAGCGUGUCAAACAUGACAAGGGCGAUGACACCUCCACUCGCCGUCGGACUGUCGGUGAGAAGAGCGCUUCAAAGCCAGCGGUGAGUCGCACAAGGCCCGCUAUCCGCAGUUCUUUGAUGACUCCUACUCGAGCCUCCAUGGCGCGUACUUCGGCCACCAGCCUCAAACCCUCCCGGACAAGCAUGCUCCCUCGACCAUCUCUUGCGCAUUCCCCUACUUCGAAGCAGUCGACUACCCCGCGCACACCCCGCACGGACUUCAACCCUCGAUUCAAGAGCGGCUUGCCCCAAUUGAACCUAAAGUCGAUCCUUCGUCCCCAUCAACCUUUGUUUUCGAAAGAUCCCGCGAAGAUCGCAGCAGGAACACAUGUGGCAGCCCCCGAAUUCAGUUCCAAUUUCCUGUUGGGCACAACCCGCGAUGCUUCGGAGGAGCCUGCAGUGACCCCAUCACCCAAGAAACGUGUUGAGUUCUCCUCCAGUACUAGAUUGCAGGAUGGUGAAGCUCUACCAUCCCCUUCUCCGUCCAAAUUAACCACCCUCUCUCCGUCCCGGGUCGUAUCGGAUGUUGUUUAUCCCACUUUGCCAGCUUUGACACCGGAUCAUGCUGCAAAAAAGUCCAGUAGUGAGAUCAGGUCGCCCACCAUCCGUCACGUCCGUCAAUCAGACGCCCCUACCAAUCUCUCUUUACCGGAUAUCCCCGGCGUUCCACAUGGAAUUGGCAGCAAGAAGCGACACCGCGAAACGGAGGCCACUCAUGAUCCUUCCCUGCCCGAUAUUCCAGGUGUGCCUCAUGGCAUCGGCAACAAGAAGAGGCAUCGAGAUGCAGCUGGGAGAGAUGUUGACACCGAGAAUGUGCCGCCAGCCGACGCCGCCGCAGAAAACCGCAGUGCGAAGAGAGUCAAGCUGAGCUCCCCAUCAAAGCUCUCGCCAUUCAAGUUCUCCCCAUCGAAGAUGCCAAACUCUAGUCCCACCAAGGCGCGUUCACACACUCCUCUCCGGUCGACCACAAGUGCUAGUCGAACGGGAACCCCGGCCAGCGCACGACAGAGGAGCCGGAAUGCGCUGACCAUGAGCCGGCUGAAUGCGCUUGCUCAGCCAAAGAACCGCUCUUAA